CUUCUUGGCGUUUGCGCCCACAAAAUUAAUUAUCAGUCUACCAGAGCGGAAGCAUCCUAAGCAGCCGCACUGAAUCAACAAGGGGAUCGAUCGCAUUGCCGCCGCCGCGCAGUCAGAGAGAGAGAGAGAGAGAGAGAGAGAGAGAGAGAGAGAGAGAGAGAGAGAGAGAGGAGGAGAUUGAUCGGGGAGGAGGAUGAGAGGCCUCAGAUCGCGGAUCCUCCGGACCCUGCAGUCCUUCCCCAACACCGCCGCCGCGCAGUCCAACGCCCUCAUCCCGCCCCCCGACGCCGCCGCACCCGAGGCCGUGCCCGAGCCGGCCGCCGUCCCCGAUGGCGACGACGACAAGGAGAACCUGUCGCCGGAGGCCAACCCGCGGAAGGCCAAGAAGAUGAAGGUGGGCUCUCUGGAGGGUGGCUCUCUGGAGGAGUCCGGCAGGCGCUACCGCCGGCCGGAGCUCGAGUCGUCCAGCCUCUUCGACCCGGACCUCCUCGCCGCCUUCCGCGGCGUCGUGGACGCGUACGCCCAGGCGCUCGACAAGACCCAGCGCCGCGAUGUCGACUUCGACGACGCCGACGACGACAUCGCCGCCGCGCUGGACGCCGGCGGCCGCGACGAGGACCCCCUGGCCGGGCUGGAGUGCCGGUGCCCGCCCGGCGGGGAGCGGGCCGUGGUGCUCUACACCACGUCGCUGCGCGGGGUGCGCAAGACGUUCGAGGACUGCGCCACCGUGCGCCGCCUGCUCGACGGGCUCCGCGUCGCCUUCCUGGAGCGCGACGUGUCCAUGCACGCGCCCUACCGGGACGAGCUCCGCGCUCUGCUGCCGCCUCCGCCGGGCGACGGCGCCAGCAUGCCCCUGCCGCCGCGGCUGUUCGUGGACGGGCGGUACGUGGGCGGCGCCGACGAGGUGGUGGCGCUGCACGAGCGGUCGCGGCUCCGGGCGAUGCUCCGGCGCGCCGCGCGCCGGCGCGCGGGCGACGCGGCCUGCGCGGUGUGCGGCGGCGCCUGGUUCGUGGUGUGCGGCGGGUGCAGCGGCCGUCAUUGGCUCUAUGACGACGGCUCGGCCGCCGCCGUCGCCGCCAGCCGCGUGCCGUGCCCCGGGUGCAACGAGAACGGGCUCGUGCCGUGCCCCCUGUGCAGCUGAGGUGAUCCCUGCACUGCCCCGACAGACAUGUACAUCUUUUUUGUGUAUCACCAUGGCGACAGCGAAAUUCUUUGCGAUUGUUUCACCCUGUAGUAAGUAUAAUUUGUCACACAUUUGUUCUCCGCUCAUUCACCCUGCAAAUUGUGAAAUCCACGAAGCCAUUGUGCAUGUACGACAUGAUCUGAUGUGCUGUGACUGUGACACUCUCAUCUGUUGUUCAGACCUGCCGUGAUAAAAAUGCAGCAUUGCCUGUUCGAACCACGUCAGAGUUGCACUUAUGCACCCAAGAAGACAAGAGACACUUAAAAUAGACAUUUGUCGCACUUUGUAGGUAAAGUCACUCGGCUCAACUAUACAAUGUGUGGAGAAAAUUCUCAUACAAGUUGAUUGAAGAAAAAGAACUAGACUAUGCACGACCA